AUGGAGGACAGCUUCGAUCUCUCAACACGUCCGAUUUGGGGUAAGAGCGGCAGUGUCUAUUCCCCGCAGUCUUCCCACGGCGGACAGGAUGCUCACAUAGCCGUGUCUGGACUGGGAGACGAGCUGGAUGAGCUUUCCUUGUUCGGCGUUUUCGACGGGCAUGGUGGUGCGGAGGUCGCGGCCUUCUGCAAGCAAUUCCUACCCGAUGAAGUUCGCAGGCAGCUGCGGAAACGGCUUGCGGACGGAGCGAGGCUGUCGGGAGAUGUCCUGGGAGAGGUGCUAAUCAGCAGCUUCCACGCCAUGGACGAUAUGCUGCGGUCUCCGGAGCACGAGCGGCAACUCUUGGCCCUGAAGCAGGUGGCCAGAACGACCUCGAAAGGCAUCGGGGGAGCUUCCUCGUCGUCGGGCUCCUCCUCCGACUCAGGGUCAUCCUCUGGAUCAGACUCGGAGGCCGAGGAAAAGGAUGAAGGCAAGAAGCCUCAUGGGGUUCUCUCCUUGCUGUCCAACUCCAUCCAGUCCACACUUGCCCAGGCCAGAGACAAGGGCUCACUGUCGAGAGAGGAAGCCAAGCAGGUGAUGAUGAAAAUGGCCCUGCUGAGGAGACUCGAAAGCAAAGCUCCAUCCCUCAGUCCGGAUGCGGCUGCUGCGGACAACGUCGGGUGUACCGCCGUCUGCGUCCUUCUCAAUGACUCGGAGAUCGUCUGUGCGAAUGCCGGCGACUCGCGAGCUGUCCUCUGCCGCGCAUCGAAUCCGGUCGAGCUCUCCCAGGAUCACAAGCCAAACGAGGCCGGCGAGCGCGAGCGUAUCGAAGCUGCCGGGGGCCGCAUCGAAGAGAUCCCUGUCGGCGCGCGGGUUCACUACCGUGUCAACGGCAACCUGAACCUCUCGCGUUCAAUUGGAGAUUUCGAGUACAAGAAGCAGCCCAGCCUGGGCCACGAGCGGCAGAUGAUCUGUUCGACGCCCGACAUCGUGAAGAUGCCCUUAAGCAAGGAGGACGAUUUCGUUAUUCUGGCAUGCGAUGGGGUAUGGGAUGUGAAAAGCAAUGCGGAUGUCUGCGAUUUCAUUGGCAAGCGAUUGGCUGCCGGUGAGGAGAUCGUGCCGGUGAUAGAGGGAUUGCUGGACGGCUGCAUUGCAGAGGAUCCGAAGAAGGCUCACUCAUGUCGCAGUUGA